GACGUAUGUCAAUGGGCGUGGUUAAAGGGCAGCAUCAACUUCCGGGAAAACAACGUGAGUCGGGUGUCCCCCACAUGUUUGUAAGAUGCGAGCUUUACCCGGCUCGGUUUGUGUGUUUGGCUCGAUUUAGACUCCCGGGACGUCGCGUCGCUCCUUUAGAGCGGAAGUGUGCUCUUCCUCCUCUGAGGAGUUUGUGGUGGUUAGCCGCAGAGUUAGCGGCUCCUCCGCUGCCGGCUCUCAUUCUCGUCACUCCGUGUUUCAGGGACUUAUCUGACAGGUCCAACCGGUGACCGUUGGUCCGUCCGUGCUUUGGCGCCGUGGCUAACAUCAUUAGCAGGUGAAGGUGGGCUUGUUGUCGGCGUUCACGAUGGGACACACCAGCCUGGAGAAGAUCAUCUCCCUGCAGAGAAACCCAGCCAACAUCAGGAACCUGUGCAUCCUGGCUCACGUUGACCACGGUAAAACUACUUUGGCGGACUGCUUAGUGGCGAGUAAUGGCAUCAUAUCGAGUCGACUGGCGGGGAAGCUGAGGUAUCUGGACAGCCGGGAGGAUGAACAGAUCCGAGGAAUCACCAUGAAGUCCAGCGCCAUCUCCCUGCACUACUCACACGGCGAUCAGGAGUACUUACUGAAUCUGAUCGACUCUCCGGGUCACGUCGACUUCUCCUCAGAAGUUUCCACCGCUGUCCGGCUGUGCGACGGAGCUGUUGUAGUUGUCGAUGCUGUGGAGGGAGUGUGUCCGCAGACCCAGGUUGUGCUGCGUCAGGCGUGGCUGGAGAACAUCCGGCCGGUUCUGGUCAUUAAUAAGAUUGAUCGGCUCGUUGUGGAGCUGAAGCUCACGUCUCAGGAAGCUUACACUCACCUGAAGAAGAUCCUGGAACAGGUGAACGCCGUGACGGGAACUUUGUUCACAUCUAAAGUUCUGGAGGAGCGAGCGGAGAAGGAGGAGGAGAAGGAGAAAGAGGGCGAGAAGCCAAGCGGAGACCAGGUUUACGACUGGAGCGCCGGGCUCGAAGAGGUCGACGACUCCCACCUCUACUUUUCUCCCGAUCAAGGAAACGUGGUGUUUGCCAGCGCCAUCGACGGCUGGGGCUUCAGCAUCCGGCAGUUUGCUCACAUCUACAGCGAGAGGAUGGGCAUCAAGAAGGAGGUGCUACUGAAAACCCUGUGGGGAGAUUUCUACCUCAACAUGAAAGCCAAGAGGAUCAUGAAAGGAGCUCAGGCCAAAGGAAAGAAGCCGCUGUUCGUGCAGCUCGUGCUGGAUAACAUUUGGAGCUUAUAUGAUGCAGUCGUCAUCAGGAGAGACAAGGAGAAGGUGGAGAAGGUGGUGACAUCACUCGGGGUAAAGGUGAUGGCCAGAGAUUCACGUCACUCCGACCCCAAAGUCCUCCUGUCGGCCAUCUGCAGCCAGUGGUUACCCGUUUCCCAGGCCGUCCUUUCCAUGGUGUGUGAGAAGCUCCCCAGUCCGUUAGAGAUGGCGGCUGAGAGGGUGGAGAAGCUGAUGAGCGUGGGAGCACGCCGCUUUGACUCGCUGCCCGAACAGACGCAACACCUGAAAACAGCAUUCCUGCAGUGUUCGAGUGAGGAAAAGGCUCCGGUCAUCGUCUUCGUGUCCAAGAUGUUUGCCGUGGACGCCAAGGCCCUUCCUCAGCACAGACAGAGGCCUCUGACUCAGGAGGAGAUCGCCGAGCGCCGGGAGCAGGCGAGACGGCGACACGCUGACAGGAUGGCAGCAGAGAGCCACCGAGAGCCCCCCCACUCUGAGAGCGUGUCACCUGCCGGACUCUGCACAGCGAACAUGGAGAACCUGACGCUGAAAGACUCGAAGCCAGAGGAGGAAGAGGAGCCGAAGGAGACCUUCGUGGCGUUCGCUCGCGUCUACAGCGGGGUGGUCAGGAGAGGACAGAGAGUAUUCGUGCUGGGACCGAAGUACGACCCCGCCCAGGGCCUGAGCACGCUGCCAGAGGGAUGCAGCGCUUCGGACGACGUCUCUGAGAUUCCUCACCUGUCCUGUUGCUCCAUGGAAAACCUCUACCUGCUGAUGGGCAGAGAGCUGGAAGAGCUGCAGGAAGUCCCCGCAGGAAAUGUCCUCGGUAUCGGAGGGCUCGAGGAGUACGUCUUGAAGUCGGCCACGCUGUCAACCGCACCCGCCUGUCCACCAUUUACCCCGCUCAACUUUGAAGCCACGCCCAUUGUCCGGGUUGCCAUAGAGCCCAAACAUCCAAGCGAGAUGCCAAAGCUGGUGCGUGGGAUGCGUUUGUUGAACCAGGCCGACCCCUGUGCCGAGGUUCUGAUCCAGGAAACCGGAGAACACGUUCUGGUCACUGCUGGCGAGGUUCAUCUGCAGCGCUGCCUGGACGACCUGAGAGACCGGUUUGCUAAAAUCGAGAUCAGCGCGUCUGAGCCCAUCAUCCCGUUCAGAGAGACGGUGGUUCGUCCUCCCAAAGUGGAUAUGGUGAACGAGGAGCUGGGCAAGCAGCAGAAAGUCGCCAUCAUUCAUCAGGUGAAAGAAGAGGCCUCUCAGGGUCGAUCAUCCGACACCCUACACCUGGACUCCAGCGGCCUCGUUACCCUCACCACCCCCAACAGGCUGGCCACGGUUGGCAUCAGGGCGAUACCUCUGCCACAGGAGGUGACGCGUCUGCUGGAGAGCAGCUCGGAGGUGAUUCGGACUCUGGAGCAGGUAAACAUGUCACUGAGGGAGGGGAAGAGUCUGGACAUCAGCGUCAGGACCCUGGAGGCCAUUUCUGACCUGAAGGCCCAGCUGGAGAGCCUGCUGCAGGGGAGGAAGUGGAGGAACGCCGUGGAACGUAUCUGGGCCUUCGGGCCUCGCAGGUACGGUCCGAACAUCCUGCUGAACAGCGUGGAGGGAUACCAGCGGCCGUCGGUGUGGCAGUGUCUGAGCCGCGGGGACAAAGCCAGCGAAGCUACGGCGCUGCGAGAUUUUGACAACAGCAUCAUCAGCGGGUUCCAGCUGGCGGCUCUGUCGGGGCCCAUGUGUGAGGAGCCCCUGAUGGGAGUGUGCUUCUCUGUGGAGAGGUGGGACGUCCAGUCCACCGCCCCGCCGCAACACCAGGACUCCGUAGAAGACGACUCCACGGACCACGAGGCUACGGCGGAAAGUAACAUGGAAGGAAGCAGUGAGACCCACGCCGGACGCAGGCCGGAGGUCGCCGCCUCUUCCGACUGCUACGGCCCGGUCUCUGGUCAGCUGAUCGCUGCCGUGAAGGAGGCCUGCCGGCACGCCUUCCAGGCUCAGCCGCAGAGGCUCAUGGCCGCCAUGUACACCUGUGAGAUCAUGGCCACCGCAGACGUGCUGGGUCGUGUUUACGGGGUACUCGGGAAGCGAGAAGGUCGAGUCCUCCACGAAGAGAUGAAGGAAGGGACGGACAUGUUCAUCAUCAAGGCCGUGCUGCCCGUGGCUGAGAGCUUUGGGUUUGCAGACGAGAUCCGCAAGAGGACGAGCGGAUUGGCCAGUCCGCAGCUGGUGUUCAGUCACUGGGAGGUGAUCAGCAGCGAUCCUUACUGGGUUCCCACCACCGAGGAAGAAUACCUGCACUUCGGCGAGAAGGCCGACUCUGAAAACCAGGCCUUGAAAUACAUGAACGCUGUCCGCCGCCGCAAAGGGCUCUACGUGGAGGAGAAGAUAGUGGAGCACGCCGAGAAACAGAGGACGCUCGGCAAGAACAAGUAGAGGAAACCCAGACGUCUCCUCGGGGGUCGGACGGAGGCGCCGCUGACAUCGAGCGCAGGACCGUCAGCCGACGACACGCCGACAUCGCUCUGCUUUCAGAGCAGCUACGCUCAGAAACUGCAGGGUUUCCUGUCGUUAUACACCUUUUUAGUUUUUGUGAUAAAUUGGAGUGAAUAAUGUGUUCAUACUGAGGGUGAAAUACAUAUAUGACAAAGUCUGUAAUAUUUUUAAAACAGAUUGUUUUGAUUUCUUCUUCAGGUAAAAGUUCAUCCGUGCACAGAUACUGACCAAUCAGAUGGCAGCAUUCAGUAAUGAAUAAAUGAGUGUUUCAAUCGCA